CGGUAGCCGAUCACCUGGGCCGUUACAUGGUAUAAAAAUGGGUGUUCGUUUGGAAGAAGUGUCCAUAACCAGUCAUCCUUUCAUCGAGAUCUGGUUUGACCUGAGUCGUGUACCGCCAAUCUUCGUUGUUAGAUUUCACUGCACUUGCUCGGCUCCAGCUUGAAAAAUGGAGGAGACCUUUCUUUUCACAUCGGAAUCUGUCAAUGAGGGUCACCCUGACAAGCUGUGCGACCAGAUCUCUGAUGCUGUUCUCGAUGCUUGCCUUGAACAGGACCCUGACAGCAAGGUAGCCUGCGAGACAUGCACCAAGACCAACAUGGUCAUGGUCUUUGGAGAGAUUACAACCAAGGCCAACGUAGAUUAUGAGAAGAUUGUCCGCAAUACAUGCCGCAACAUUGGAUUUGUCUCUGAUGAGGUGGGUCUUGAUGCUGACAAAUGCAAUGUAUUGGUGAACAUUGAGCAACAGAGCCCUGACAUUGCCCAGGGUGUGCACGGCCACUUUACUAAGCGUCCAGAGGAGGUCGGUGCAGGUGAUCAAGGUCACAUGUUUGGGUAUGCCACUGAUGAAACCCCUGAAUACAUGCCCUUGAGCCAUGUUCUUGCAACCAAAUUAGGAGCUCACCUUACCGAGGUUAGGAAGAAUGGUACGUGCGCUUGGCUGAGACCAGAUGGCAAAACACAAGUAACUGUUGAGUACUACAAUGACCAUGGCGCUAUGGUUCCAGUUCGUGUCCACACUGUCCUUAUUUCUACUCAGCACGAUGAGACUGUUACUAAUGAUCAAAUUGCUGCUGAUCUUACGGAGCAUGUUAUUAAGCCAGUCAUCCCUGAGAAAUACCUAGAUGACAAGACCAUCUUUCACCUCAACCCCUCUGGCCGCUUUGUCAUUGGUGGCCCUCAUGGGGAUGCUGGUCUCACUGGCAGAAAAAUUAUUAUAGACACUUACGGUGGUUGGGGUGCCCACGGUGGUGGUGCUUUCUCAGGGAAGGACCCCACUAAAGUCGAUAGAAGUGGUGCCUAUGUUGCCAGGCAGGCCGCAAAGAGUGUUGUGGCAAAUGGGCUUGCCCGCCGGUGCCUUGUGCAGGUUUCGUACGCCAUUGGUGUUCCUGAGCCCUUGUCGGUUUUCAUUGACACUUACGGAACUGGAAAGAUUCCAGACAAGGAUAUUCUUCAACUUGUGAAGGGGAGUUUUGACUUUAGGCCUGGAAUGAUCACCAUUAACUUGGACCUUAAGAGGGGUGGCCAUAGGUUCCUCAAGACAGCUGCUUAUGGACACUUUGGAAGGGAUGACCCAGACUUCACCUGGGAAGCUGUGAAGCCACUCAAGUGGGAAAAGCCUCAAGCUUAAGAGUAAUGGAUCUUAAUCUGUGGUGGUCCCAUUGGUCGUAGAUGAAUAAGUCGUGUGUUUAGUUCAUUUUGCUCUAUGUCUAUUACAUUGCAACAGUUUAUAUUCCCUUCUCGUAUACCCAAAAUGAUCCUUACAAUUUAAUUAUUGGUUAUGCAAUAUCACCCGUCGUGGCUAAA